AUGGCGUCGAUUAUCGAAUUUGCUUGGACGUAUCUAAUCACCCAUUUCAAUGAUUUUCAAUUAGCAUGUCUUGGAAGUUUCUUUCUUCACGAAAGUGUCUUCUUCUUGGCGGGGGUUCCUUUUAUAAUUUUUGAAAGGCUAGGAUGGCUGAGCAAGUACAAAAUUCAGACUAAGAAUAAUACGCCGGCUGCUCAGGGGAAAUGUGUCACUCGACUACUGCUCUAUCAUUUCUGUGUCAAUCUUCCAGUUAUGAUUUUAUCCUAUCCUGUCUUCAAAUACAUGGGGAUGCGCAGUAGUCUUCCCUUGCCGUCCUGGAAAGUAGUCUCAACCCAGAUUUUGUUCUACUUCAUCUUGGAGGAUUUCAUUUUCUAUUGGGGACACAGGAUUUUACAUACAAAAUGGCUUUACAAGCAUGUCCACAGUGUCCAUCAUGAAUAUGCAACACCAUUUGGACUUACUUCUGAGUAUGCUCAUCCUGCUGAGAUUUUGUUUCUUGGAUUUGCUACAAUUGUUGGUCCUGCCAUCACUGGUCCUCAUCUGAUAACACUGUGGCUGUGGAUGGUUCUUAGAGUCCUUGAAACGGUUGAAGCACAUUGUGGCUACCAUUUUCCAUUGAGCCUCUCGAACUUUUUGCCAUUAUAUGGGGGUGCUGAUUUCCAUGACUAUCAUCACCGACUGCUGUAUACAAAGAGUGGCAACUAUUCAUCAACUUUUGUAUACAUGGACUGGAUAUUUGGUACUGAUAAGGGUUAUAGAAGAUUGAAGGCUUUGCAAGGAAACGGAAUCAAUCAGAAGCUUGUUUUUGGAUAA